GACCCAAGGCGGAGUGACGGAGAAGUAGGGAGAGGACCACCCAGUUGGCCCCUUCUGUCUGUCCGUGUUGGUUUUAAGAAACUAGAAUGAAUCGGAGCAUUCCUGUGGAGGUUGAUGAGUCAGAACCAUACCCAAGUCAGUUACCAAACCCAGAACAUUGCCUGGAAGUGGAAUCAGAGCCACCUGCUCCAAAUAUAAGGAACAUGGCACCCAGAAGCACAUCUGUACUCCAAGCUUCUCACUAUUCCCCAGGAGACUUUUCUCAGGCUCAUCCACCCCUGAGACUUUCAAACCACCAGCAGCCUGUGUCCCAGCAGGUCAUCUGUCUGCGCACUAAAGUCCAGGAGGAGAGUGAAGAUAGCUUCUGGAGGAGAUACCCAGACCCUGGCAAACAUUUUCCCUCGAGCUUUUCCGCAGCCAGUGAGCCUGAGCCUGUGCUUGGAGCCCUCCCCCAGGAACAUCAGUUUUCAUUUAUGGAAAAACAUAGUCAAUGGCUGGGAUCUCAGAUUUCAGCAGCUUCUCCUGACACUGGCCAUGAUUCAGACAAAUCAGACCAAAGUUUACGUAAUGCCUCAGAAGACUGCUCAGGCCAAGACCAAGAAACUGUGCAACGGCCCCCGCCCCACAGAAACCGAGCAGCCCCCGAUCUGCCCACGAUCGACACGGGUUACGACUCCCAGCCACAGGACAUCCUGGGCAUCAGGCAACUGGAAAGGCCCCUGACCCUCACCUCCAUGUGCUUCCCUCAGGAUCUGCCCAGACCACUCCUGUCCAGGGAGUUCCAUCAGCUUGACCCUCAGAGGUUUCCAGCCCAGGUGCUGUCUCCCAACACUCCGCCCCACGCUCAGUGGAACUACCGUCACCAUUGUCCUGAGGGUCCCGAUCACCAGGUGCCAUAUGGCCAUGACUGCCCUCCAGCAGCCUACCAGCAAGUGAUCCAGCCAGGGCAGCCCCUACCUGGAGUCAGUGUGAGAGGCCUCCGACCUGUGCAGAAGGUCCUCCUGAAUUAUCCUAGCCCCUGGAACCCAGAAGAGAGGCCCACACAGAGAGACUACUGCCCAGGAGUCCCAAGGGACCAGCUGUGUAACCAGCCACCUAAUAGAGCUGGAACGCCUGAAGAGUCCUUCGAGUGUCCUGCAGAACUGAGACAACAGGGUCCCCAGGCUCUGUCUGCAGCUGCUAUUCCUAGACCCCCUAGUAACCCUCCAGCCAGAGGAACUCUGAAAACAAGCAAUUUGCCAGAAGAAUUGCGGAAAGUUUUUAUCACUUAUUCUAUGGACUCAGCCGUGGAGGUGGUGAAAUUCGUGAACUUUUUGUUGGUAAAUGGCUUCCAAACUGCAAUUGACAUCUUUGAGGGUAGAAUCCGAGGUAUUGAUAUCAUUAAGUGGAUGGAACGCUACCUUAGGGAUAAGACAGUGAUGAUAAUCGUAGCAAUCAGCCCCAAAUACAAACAGGAUGUGGAGGGCGCUGAGUCGCAGCUGGACGAGGAUGAGCACGGCUUACAUACUAAGUACAUCCAUCGGAUGAUGCAGAUUGAGUUCAUAAAACAAGGAAGCAUGAAUUUCAGAUUCAUCCCUGUGCUCUUCCCAAAUGCUAAAAAGGAGCACGUGCCCACCUGGCUUCAGAACACGCACGUCUACAGCUGGCCUAAGAAUAAGAAAAACAUCCUGCUGCGGCUGCUCAGGGAAGAAGAGUACGUGGCUCCUCCCCGCGGGCCUCUACCGACGCUUCAGGUGGUGCCCUUGUGACACCUCCACCCCCGGGUCGCUGGGGCCCAGCUGACAAGAGCUAACACACUGUUCUCACCAGCAUCCUUCUAGCUGAGGCUGGUGGACAGCACUUAUGGUGGUUUGUUCUCAGUCCUCCCCUGAGGGCCUCGGACCCAGAAACCCUUCUGCAGAGUACACUCCUGAGACCCCACAGCCGGGCUUGCUCUGCUCGCCCUGCCUCUGAAACCCACUGCAGGCUGGGCAUGUCUGUCUGGACCACUCAGUGCUUAGCAAAUAGAGGAUAUGCGUGAUGUUCAGUCAGUGUAAACCACCGCACACGCUGCCCUCGCUGAGUUCGCCUGCGUUGGUGUACUCGUGCCAGACGGAUUC